AUGCCCAUCGCAGGAUCCACACAGCCCUAUAAAUGCUUAUGCGGGAAGAGCUUCAAUUACAGUACAGCUUUGAAACGGCAUCAAAAAAUCCACACUGGUGGGAAGCCCUAUAAAUGCUUAGAGUGUGGGAAGUGUUUCAGUCAGAGCUCACACCUUGAUGCCCAUCGCAGGAUCCACACAGGCGAGAAGCCCUAUCAAUGCUUAGAGUGUGGGAAGAGUUUCAGUCGGAGCUCAAACCUUGACGCCCAUCACAGGAUCCACACAGGCGAGACGCCCUAUCAAUGCUUAGAGUGCGGGAAGAGUUUCAGUCGGAGCUCACACCUUGAUGUCCAUCGCAGGAUCCACACAGGCGAGAAGCCCUAUCAAUGCUUAAAGUGCGGAAAGAGUUUCAGUGAGAUCUCCUACCUUGAUGCCCAUUGCAGGAUGCACACAGGCGAGAAGCCCUAUGAAUGCUUAGAGUGUGGAAAGACUUUCACUUGGAGGUCAAGCCUUUACUCCCAUCACAGGAUCCACACAGGUGAGAAGCCCUAUAAAUGCUUAGAGUGCGGAAAGAGUUUCAGUAAGAGCACAAACCUUGCUGGCCAUCGCAGAACCCACACUGGUGAAAAGCCGUAUAAAUGCUUAGAGUGUGGAAAGAGCUUCCCUGUUGGAAGGAGCCUUGAAAUACAUAAAAGGAUCCAUGCAGGUGAAAAGCUCUAUAAAUGCUUAGAGUGCGGGAAAAGCUUCAAUUACAGAAUAGCUUUGAAAACGCAUCAAAAAAUCCACACUGGUGAGAAACCCUAUAAAUGCUUAGAGUGCGGGAAGAGUUUCAGUCAGAGCUCACACCUUCAUGCCCAUCACAGGAUCCACACAGGCGAGAAGCCCUAUAAAUGCUUAGUGUGCGGGAAGUGUUUCAGUCGGAGCUCAAAUCUUGAUGCCCAUCACAGAAUGCACACUGGUGAAAAGCCCUAUAAAUGCUUAGAAUGCGGGAAGGGUUUCAGUCGGAGCUCACACCUUGAUGUCCAUCGCAGGAUCCACACAGGCGAGAAUCCCUAUGAAUGCUUAGAGUGCGGGAAGAGUUUCAGUGAGAUCUCCUACCUUGAUGCCCAUCGCAGGAUUCACACAGGCGAGAAGCCCUAUGAAUGCUUAGAGUGUGGAAGGACUUUCACUUGGAGGUCAGGCCUUAACUCCCAUCACAGGAUCCACACAGGUGAGAAGCCCUAUAUAUGCUUAGAGUGUGGAAAGAGUUUCAGUAAGAGCACAAACCUUAGUGACCACUACAGAACCCACACUGGCGAGAAGCCUUAUAAAUGCUUAGAGUGUGGGAAGGGUUUCAGUCAGAGUUCAAGCCUUAAUGCCCAUCACAGGAUCCACACUGGCGAGAAACCCUAUAAAUGCUUAGAGUGUGGGAAGGGUUUCAGUCGGAGUUCAGGCCUUAAUGCCCAUCACAGGAUCCACACUGGCGAGAAACCCUAUAAAUGCUUAGAGUGUGGGAAGUGUUUCACUCGGAGUUCAAGCCUUAACGCCCAUCACAGGAUCCACACACGGGAGUAG